ACAGCGGCGGGCUCUGGCGGGGGGUGUCAUGGCGGCGGAGGGGCUGGCGGGGCUGCUGCCCUCACAGACACAGCUGGAGUAUGCGCUGCUCGAUGCCGACAGCCCGCAGGAGAAGGAGAACCUGGUCUACCAGUACCUGAAGAAAAUGGACAGCAGGGAGCGGGACCUGACGGCUCCCGAGCUCGGCGGAGAUCUACAGUGGCUAAACACUGAAGGUCCCAUUUCUCUUCACAAAGACCUUUGUGGAAAAGUUGUGGUGUUGGAUUUCUUUACUUACUGCUGCAUCAAUUGCUUGCACCUGCUGCCUGAUCUCCAUGAAUUAGAGCACCAGUACUCUGAUAAAGAUGGCCUUGUUAUUAUUGGUGUCCAUUCAGCGAAGUUUCCAAACGAAAAAGUUCUGGAUAACAUUAAGAGUGCAGUUUUGAGGUACGAUAUUGGCCACCCUGUUGUAAACGAUGCAGACGCAACACUGUGGCAUGAACUAGAAGUGUCCUGUUGGCCAACUCUGGUCAUUCUUGGACCUCGUGGAAACAUGCUGUUUUCGCUUGUUGGAGAAGGGCACAAAGAGAAGUUGUUUUUAUUUACUUCAAUAACACUGAAAUUCUACAAGGAGAGAGGACAAAUUAAAGAUAACAGUAUUGGAAUAAAGCUGUACAAAGACUCCCUCCCACCUUCUCCUCUGCUGUUUCCUGGCAAAGUGACAGUAGAUAAAUCAGGAGAAAGGCUGGUGAUAGCUGACACUGGACAUCACAGGAUUUUGGUCACUCUGAAAAAUGGGCAAAUUCUACACACUAUUGGAGGUCCAAACAGUGGAAGAAAAGAUGGCAGAUUUUCAGAGGCAGCUUUCAACUCACCACAAGGCGUUGCUAUAAAAAAUAAUGUUAUUUACGUGGCUGAUACAGAAAAUCAUCUAAUUAGAAAGAUUGACCUGGAAUUAGAAAUUGUGACCACUGUAGCAGGAAUUGGGAUCCAAGGUGUUGAUAAAGAAGGUGGAGCAAAAGGAGAAGAACAGCCUAUCAGCUCCCCAUGGGAUGUGGUCUUCGGGAGUUCAGUUUCAGGGACCCAGGAAGACGAUGUUCUAUGGAUAGCAAUGGCAGGCAUUCAUCAGGUAUGGGCACUGAUGUUGGAAGGUGGAAAACUUCCAAAGGGAAGUGAUUUAAAGAAAGGAGUCUGUCUUCGAUUUGCUGGGAGUGGAAACGAAGAGAACAGAAACAAUGCAUACCCUCAUAAGGCCGGCUUUGCACAACCUUCUGGACUCUCUCUGGCUCCCGAAGAACCAUGGAACUGCCUUUUUGUAGCAGACAGUGAGAGCAGCACUGUGCGAAUGAUCUCUCUGAAAGACGGAGCUGUGAAGCACCUUGUAGGAGGAGAGAGAGAUCCAUUGAAUUUGUUUGCCUUUGGUGACGUGGAUGGAGCAGGCAUAAAUGCCAAGCUGCAGCAUCCCCUAGGAGUAACAUGGGACAAGAAAAGAAAACUGCUCUAUGUGGCAGAUUCCUAUAAUCAUAAGAUUAAGGUCAUAGAUCCCAAAAUGAAGAACUGCGCUACCCUGGCAGGCACAGGAGAAGCAACCAAUGUUCUCGGCUCCAGCUUUACACAGUCAACUUUUAAUGAACCGGGAGGUUUGUGCAUUGAAGAAAAUGGCCGUUUGAUGUACGUUGCGGACACAAAUAAUCACCAGAUUAAAGUGCUGGAUUUGGAAACAAAAGUUCUAUCCAUGUUGCCUAUCCUGAAUCCAGAGUCCCGCGAUGUUACAGAUCAUCCAUCUGUGCAAAAGGACCAAAUAGCAAACCUUCCAAAACUGCCUAAAUCUGCUCCAAACAUUCAGCUUCCUUCACUGAGUGCGGCUCCCGGUCAGACAAUUCAGUUUCUACUGAAGUUGACUCUCCCUCCAGAUUCAAAAUUGAAUGAAGAAGCACCUAAUGCCUGGUUUAUCACUGCAGAAGAUAAUAAUACAUGGCUGCUUCAAGGACAGCAUCUGUCUGGAGAAAUUAAGGAUGUUUCCUGUCAAACUGUCAUUCCCUUUCAGCUACCAAGAGUCUGUCUAUCAGCUGAAGCUGUCCUGGCCAUCAAAGCGUGCCUCUACUAUUGCAGUAAAGAUAGCAGUGCCUGCAUGAUGAAAGGAAUCUCAUUCAAUCAGCCUUUGCAGAUAGGAAGUACAAACCAAGGCAGUUUGACACAAGUUGAACUAACACAUUCGUUUAUAACUAACUAGUGCUUGGUUAAAUGAAGCAGAGUUUCUUAGUUUAAUGGGAAAAUUUGUAAUCACAACCUCAUUUCUUUUCAUUACAGUAGCAGCAUUGAUACUGUAAAGCUCUACACUCUAUUGCCAAUUGUGAAUAUGUGGGACUUGUGCCAUUCAAAUAAUGAGCAACAAGUCCUUCUGAAAGAGCUAAUAUUGCUUUGUGAUGUUACUGUAAGAAGUUCUUUGCAUUGUACAUUGGAUUACUUCAGACUAACAGUUCCUGAUUCCUUCUGUGCCCUUAAAUUUUAACAGAAUGUCAAAAUCAAUGGUUUCUUUCUCAAGGCAGCAAAAGAAGCAUCUUGUGUGUUUUUCUGAACAGCGUCUAUGGCACGUGUGUUUUCAAAGUAGAUCUUAAUUUAAGUGUAGCUCUAAUAUUAUUUAAGGUGAGUGUUUUGCUUAACUCAAUCUGACUGCCUUAUAUGAAGAGCGCAGCUUCAUGGAAAAAUUCCUGUGAAUUUAAGCUCCUCCAUAAAUGAAUCACACUCAUUUCUAACAAAGAAUGUGCCUCCUUGAUGUAUAUUUGUAAAGGAAAAAAAAUAUCACAAAACCAUGCUGGAAUCUUUCUAAUCUGUACUGACUUACAUUUUGUGGUAAGUGAUAGAAAAUGUUUGAUUAUCUGAAGUGCAAAAAUUAAAUGUCAACCAUUUCAAGCAAGUGAAUAACUUUCUCACUUUUAGAAUUUCAAUGUAAAACAUUGUUUGAAGAUUUCUUUCUUGCAAGCUUAAAAUAUUUGGAGUAAUGCUGCCUUCUUGAAGGCCAGGUCAGGGUUUUUUGAAGUCAGUCUUCGUCCACACAUUCAUUUGUUAUGGUGGCCUCUGAAUCAGAGCUAUGCAUGUGAUAAUAUCAUGUCUAGAGGUUCUGACAUUUUGCUGAAGAUCAGUGAUUUCAUCUUGGAGCAAAAUACUUUGAAGUCGUGUUCCUGAACUCUGCCUUUGGUGCUUCAGUGUUUUGCAAGAAAAAUGGGAUCGAUUUGCCACAGCAAGUACCAGGAAUACAGGAGGAUGUGUGAGUGUCUUACCCAAAUGGGAAGGAUUUCCACAGUGCUUAAGUGGCAGCUGGGUUAGGGUCAGUGCUUUGAUUAUGAGAAUCAGUUCUAAGAAGAUGAAUUUAAUGUAGAAUAUUUUUGCAUAUAGUAUGAAGUGUGGUCAUGGAAGUACUUUUAUGUGGCAUUUUCUAAAGCAGUCAUCAUGGUUGCUGACACCUGUCAGUCAUUCCCCAGUAUGAUUUGUCGUUGAUGUUUCUUAAAAGCUGACUGACAUGUGGGUCAUGAACUCGAGGGGCUUUUGUUCAGGGGGACCAUAAGGAUUGGUGUGUUUUUUCCUCCUAUUGAGGUGCCAGCCUAUCUGUGAGUUCCCUGUAGUAGCAGAAAUGGUGAUUAUCUCACCACCUGUCAGCAAGGCAAGGACUGAACUAUUGUUUCUCUUGUGUUUCUGUUGUUUGUUUGCUUUCUUGAAGCCAUUUGUUCUAAUUCACUCUUCCAGUUCCUUUGGGUAAGCCUCUCAAUCUCGUAUGCCGUUCUGAAGAAGGGUAGAGCUUUGCUACUUUGUUCAGAGGUCGCAGAUAGCGCUGGAAGGAUGAAGCUAAAGAAAUGGAUUGGUGCAUUUAUCAUUUCUUACAUUUUAUUACAACUCCUUCCGAUUUUAUUUGGUGUUUAUCUAACUUUGGAUGGAGGCCAGGAAACCACAGCUCAGCUUCCAUCCAGAUCACAGCUUUUCUACUGCUUACUGAAAAAAACACAAGCAUUAGUUUCAGGAGUUUCGAAUAACAAAUCGAACUCUUAAUGUUACCUUGAGUUUGUAACUCAGCAGGUAGACUGAUAUAAUUUUAAUUGGAAAUUAGAGAAGAAAAAUGUGUUUCAGUUGAACAGGAUCAUAAAAUGCUGCCUUCUGUUCUCAUACCCAGGGAAAAAAAAAAGCUGCAUCAAAUGUAAUCUGAAUUGUAAUGUUGAAAUAUAGUCUUGUAGAUAUGUCUUCUGUCUAAAUGUGCAUCUGUCAACAUGUGCUUAAGGGUUGUAUGUUUUUUGUUUUCAAGAUUCCCUUUUUAGUUACUUUGUGUGGUAGGCACAUUCAGAGCCGCUGUAACCUUAUUGGAAAGGAGUGGUAGCAGAUAAUAGGAAAAGUGUUGCAUGAGCAUCUAGGCUCAGAUUUUAAAGGACCUUUAAAUCUGUAUCAUAACCAAAUUUUAAGUAAUUUUAUUUCAGGGAAAACAGUAGGAAUAUGUGUUUGAUUAUUUAAUUUCUCCUUUAAGUCUGUCUUGCAGCAGUUGAGUGAAUCCUGUGUAAGCAAGGAGUGUAUCCAACACAAACUAGGGAUGUAGCACAUUCAUGCCAUUGUUAGUACAUUCCCUGUUACUGCGUGUAAUGACUGUGCUAAAAGAGGCAGAAGGUGUGUGAGAACAUUUCAAAAGUACAUUUGUCUUGUUGUUUACAGAGAAAAGAUGGAUGUCACAAAAUGCUUUCCCCACCUGCAUCCUGUAAGUCCUAAACCCCUUUAGACUCAAAGGGAGAGCUUCUUACCCUGAUCUAUCUUUAUGGCUUUCAAACAGGGACACUGCUAUAAUAAUUCUCCUUUGUUGUCUUAGGAGCAGCUAAUGAUCAUUGUGCUCCAGCUCUCCCUGAUGAAGUUACUGGGGUUUUUCUGAUCCUCGCUCACUCUGUGUGUUCACUAUGACUGGCAUCUAUCACAUUAAGCCGGACACUAUUUUGUUUGUCCAGGAAAUAGCAUGCAAACUCACUGAGUCCCUACUUAUGUUUCACUCAUAGCAUCAGCUGAACAGGCAUUUGAACACUCUAUAAUUAGCGUAACAUGCUUUUUAAGAGCUUAUGUUGUAUACUUUUAGCCUACGAAAGAGAUGCUGUUUCCAUUGCUUUCUCCAGGGCUCACAGGGUGCAGUUACACUAAAGCAACAAGUGCUGUGGAUGUAACCAGACAGGAGGUAACAUGUACAAGCAGCAGAAAUUUCACUUUGGUUACCAGAAAGCAUCCUUAAAAGGCUAUUUAGAAAAACAGGAUAUUUGAUUUCUGUCUGUAAAUACCGAAAAAUCAGAUGGCUGCCAUCUCUUUGUAUGGCAGUUCAGCUUGUAGUAUUUCCCGAUACAAAAACUGUAAAUUACCACUGAUUUGAUAUGGCUCAGCACUCCCAGAUUUUGAACUUCCAGUGCCAGUAUGUAAUUCAAAGUCUUUUCACAUUGUGUUUUCUCACUGACUUUAACAGGUUUUGCAUCAGACCUUAAUAAAGUCAUAAAUUACUGUAGCAAAUCUCUAAAGAAUAUUGGUUGUGCUUCUGCUCUACAAUAGAAGCAAGUUCUGAGGCUUUUGCAGUUUUUAGUCCUAGGGUUUGCUUUCCUAGAGCAGCUUUUGUUUGUGAAUGAAUAUGUUAAAAGUUCCAGGAGAUGUUUGUAUUUAAUUACAGUUUUAAUUUCACUAGGAGAAAGAUAAUGUCAUUUCAGAGGAGAGUAAUAUCUUCUCAAGGCUUUUCACACUGAAUUCAGUAACAUCUCUCUGUAGUUUAUUCUUCUCCACUGAAGGAAGAGGAGGAAUGCUGACUGCCUAAGUCGUGUUAUUGAUGGGCAUGCAUUUCAUGCAUACAUUUUUAGUUCAUUCCUUUUUAUAUUAGAUUCUCUUGUGCCUUUUUGGGUUUUUCUACUGGUGCAGCUCUUCAUAGUUCACGUUUUGCCUUAGGUCUUCCACUUGUAGAGUACUGUGCUUGUGUAAUAGUGUGCUAAUGUGAUACAAAGCAAGUCCAGACCAGAUGAAUAAUACAUGAGAGAGUAGUUUACAGUGUCAUGUAAAUGCCUUAUCUGCUUGGCUUCAGAAAAGGUGCAUAUGUAUGUAUUCUUCAUCCACUUGUUUUAUUCCACUGAUCAAAUCUUGUCAUUCAAACCAUGGAUAAAACUGCAUUUUGUGAGAGCAUCAAGAAAGACUCAUUCCUAGUCUCUUAGGAAUCCUAAUCUAAUUGCUUACAGGAGGGAGAGGAUCAGAAUGAAGUGACAGGGGCACAUCUUUCUGUUCCUUCAAUUAUUGGCUAUUUAUUUUAGUAAAGAGUGUUGUACUCUCUUCUACAUAUGAUGAGGUAGUUGCAAAACUGCAGCAAGGUGAAAUCUGGGCUCCUGGGACAGUGGUUCAGCCCGGUGUGACAGAAAUGCUGCGCUUUCAUUGCAUCAGGAUGACUGAAGGACAAACAUCAGUGCCUUGAAUGAAAAUACUUGAUAGUGUGUCUUCAUAGGAAUGCUGGAGUACAGACUGCAACAGGGAAUUUAUUUGAGCUUCCCAAUUUGUGAGUUUGGGUUUUGGUUUUUGUUGGUUUGUUUUGUAACUCUGCUCAUUCUGUAAGGAUCGGUUUUCCUGCACUGUUGUGUUGUUGAACCAAGCUGAAGUGCAGGUGCUUUUCCUGCAGCCUGCCCUUAUGAAGUACUUCAAUCUCAGGUCUUUUGUGCAGUCUUGUCAACCUGCUUCUGAAACUGAUAGGAGUAAACUUGGCGGGGUGAUUUCAAACAUCUUGCAGAAACUGCAGCGCAAGUGAGAUGGAGGGUGAAACUUUAAAUGGGCAAAGAUGACAAUUCUUGGUAUUUUAGGGGGAGGGUUUUGGUCUUUGGGGUGGGUUUUUGUUGUUUUUUUUCCCCCUCUUCUUACAGAUCAGCAAAGAUAAUUUAAAUGGGGAAGGUCUGUGUGUAGAGGCAGCUAUGAAUGGUCGGGUACUCACAAUGAAACAGUAUCACUGUAUUUGGGUUCUGAUGUUGGGAUGUCACAUCCAGCAGCGCAACAGUAGCAGACAAAGUCACAGUCGAGCACUUAACACCUUAAAAAACGUCUCCAUAUUCUUUAGGUGGAAAGAUGGGGAUUGUUUUAUCUUCCUUAACAAUAUGUGUGGAUUAUGAUCCUUUUUAAGUAAAAGGUAAAUGUCCUGUAAUAGUAGGAGAACAAAUAAAUACACCAGAGAGGAAAUGUCAGCCUCAGAUUUCAGCGAGCAAAUGAACAGCUAUUGAAGAAUGUAUUAUUUCUCCUGUGAAACCUCUUUUUCCUUGUAAGGGUUUUUUCAUGGAAAAAAUGAACAUUAAAAAUGUUAUCUUUAGUGAUCUGA